AUGGCUUUGAUAACUGGAAGAGCAUUGAUCCUCCUCACACUGUUAGGGAUAUGGGUUGCCCAAGCCACUUCCCGCACGUUGCAUGAAGCUUCCAUGUUGGAGAGGCACGAGGAAUGGAUGGCUCUUUAUGGACGCACUUACAAGGAUAGUGCAGAGAAGGAAAUGCGUUUCAAGCUUUUCAAGCUCAACGUGGAGUUCAUCGAGUCUUUCAACAAUGAUGGAAAUCGGCCUUAUAAGCUAAGCAUCAAUGAAUUUGCUGAUCAAAGUAAUGAAGAAUUCCGGGCCCUUCACAAUGGAUACAAAAGGUCCUCCAAUCUCAGGUCAUUUCCAAUGACACCAUUUAGGUAUGAGAACGUGACUGCAGUGCCAUCUAGCAUUGAUUGGAGAGCAAAAGGAGCCGUCACCGCCAUUAAGGACCAGAAAACAUGUGGAUGCUGCUGGGCAUUUUCUGCUGUUGCAGCCACGGAGGGUAUCACCCAAAUCACAACAGGAAACUUGAUCUCUCUUUCAGAGCAAGAAUUAGUUGAUUGUGACACCAGCGGUGAAGACCAAGGCUGCGAGGGUGGCCUGAUGGAUGAUGCAUUUGAAUUUAUCAUCCAAAACAAAGGCCUUACAACUGAAGUAAAGUACCCAUACAAGGGAGUGGAUGGAACUUGUAACGAUAACAAGGCAGCAUCCCAUGCGGCCACCAUCAAAAGCUAUGAAGAUGUGCCUGCCAACAGUGAGCAAGCACUGCUCAAGGCAGUUGCCAACCAACCAAUUUCUGUCGCCAUUGAUGCGAGUGGCUCUGCUUUUCAGUUUUACUCGAGCGGAGUCUUCACUGGAGAGUGUGGAACAGAACUGGACCAUGGUGUGACUGCAGUUGGUUAUGGGACAACAACCGAUGGGACUAAGUACUGGUUAGUGAAGAAUUCAUGGGGUACCAGUUGGGGUGAAAAGGGAUAUAUUAGAAUGAAGAGAGACAUUGAUGCUCCGGAAGGUCUAUGCGGCAUUGCCAUGGAGUCUUCCUAUCCCGUUGCUUGA